AUGACAUCAUCAAUCAACACGCUCCUCCGCUCUAAUCUGUGGCCGGGCACGACAACGACAUCGAAGAAGCUCGCACAGACACUCGUCAACACCGACAUAAGCAAAAAUGAUGCCUACUUCAACGAAAUGGGUUUCCACAACCACUUCACCCACGUCGUCUUUGCCGCGUAUGCUAUGGGUGCACAACCACACGCUCUCAACCGCGUAGCUGCCGCUGCCAGUGGCUACCAGAAACCUAUUCGUCCAGCCGAGAAAGGCACGCGCAUCACCCACGAUAAUUGGAAUAACGUGGAGCUGCUCGGUAACCGCGAUAACUACACCACUUACCUCUCCUAUUUCCGUGAGGCGGUGAAGGAUAGCGAUAACAAAGACAUUGCAACUCUCCUCGAGAAAUAUCUUUACAGUCGUGAAGCUAACGAUGGCGGCGUGUCUAUGCUCUCGAGAUUGUUCUCUGGCCUUAUACACCCGAUUAUACACCUGGGAUACGCGCUUGAAUUUGAGCACCUCGACAACAAGCGCGAGGUUCUCGCUCAGGCAUUCGCUUGGACAGCGACGCACAAUUCCGACUACAAUAAUGUCUUACCUGCUGAUCUUUGGAAUGAGCCAGAGAAGCCAAACGCACAACGCAAGACGGCAUUGCAGGUUUUGUUGGAUGUCCUCAAGAAUGAAGACUUGUCUCCAAGUAGCCCUCACACUCCAGUCAGAGAAGAUAAUAGCGCUCUCUCUACAACGAACAAACUCGCUGGCGGAAUCAUAGCAGAGGAGGCUGCCAACUUUGACUUGCCAGCUACAGAAAUUCCUGGGAAGGAACAUGAUAUCAUUCGCGAGCUUGCUUUCGCUGCCCUGUUUAUGUACGCGAAUGGAUGCUACAAAGCGCGCAAACAAUUCAAGCCUGAAUUUAUCUUGGUUCACAUCCUCAAUUCCUCCCACUUCAUUCCGUACGUCCUCUCCCACACACCAGAUCCACGCAACAAGCGUCUCUUCGUAGCUGCCUACCUCAGGGCUACACUGUUGGUAUAUGUUGCCCGCGGCAGACCAUCUGUACCCAAUAGUAGGGUGAUCAAUAACAGACCUCUGCCAGAGGAUGUCUCAAAUAUCUGGCUGCAAGUGGUAGAUGAUGCCCUCAAGCAGAAUGACGAACAUGUGACCAAGGCCGUGCGCACGCUCGCCUUCUACGGUUGCAAUUUCUGCCAGUACACCCCACCUGAAUUGCUCACUCUGGGCUUCGACGACACUAUCUGGAGCAGAGUCGCCCAGCAGCUCAUAGCCGCUUUUAAUCAGGGCUCUCAGUGGAGUUAUGAAAAACCUGGCUUCGAUCAAUCUUGGGAGGGUGAUCGCGAUGUCUACACUAACGAGUAG